CCUAAAUAGAAAAAGUUUUGGAGCAUAAAUAUUGAGAGAAAAAAGUAGAAGAAAAACACCGUUAAUCGUCAGAAAAUGAGAUUCCGACCAAUUUUUAGGGUUUCUCGAUCUAAUAUAGGAACUGAAUUGCGUCGAUCAUUCUCUCAAAUUCAUCCCACUCCUCAAAGGCCUUCAUUUGGGAUUGCUUUUGAUAUCGAUGGGGUGAUUCUUCGAGGCCAAACGCCAAUUGGAGGUUCUCCUCAAGCUUUGAAAAGGCUCUAUCAUGAUAACGGUACCUUGAGGAUUCCAUUUCUGUUCUUAACCAAUGGAGGUGGUAUUCCAGAAUCAAAACGGGCUGUUGAAUUAAGUAGUUUAUUGGGAGUUCAAAUUUUACCUUUACAGGUUGUCCAGGGGGCUUCACCUUUCAAAGGACUGGCAAACAGAUUUGAAAAUGAGCUUGUUAUUGCCAUUGGGAAAGGAGAACCUGCUGCUGUAAUGUCGGAGUAUGGCUUCAAAAAAGUUCUUUCCAUAGAUGAAUAUGCAUCAUACUUUGAAGACAUUGAUCCCUUGUCGCAGUUUAAAUGCUGGGUUACUAGGCAAGCUAAUGAGAAGAACACAUCCAGGGAAGCACAAUUGAGAUACAAUGUUUACUCUGAAAGAGUAAAAGGAGCAUUUGUUGUUAGUGACCCCAUUGAUUGGGGAAGGGACAUCCAGGUUCUUUGCGAUGUUUUGAGAUGUGAGGGUCUUCCUGGAAAAGAUAUAGGACAUCAGCAACCUCCACUUUACUUUGCAGCAGAUGAUCUUGAAUACCAGGCUGCAUUUCCAUCUGAACGUCUUGGAAUGGGUGCUUUCAGGAUAGCACUUGAAAGCAUAUUCAACAGUAUUCACAGUAGCCCUUUGAAGUUUACCUCCUUUGGGAAACCAAACCCAUCUGUAUUCAAGAAUGCAGAAGCUAUUCUUUCUCAGAUCUUUUCGAAUGUGUACCAAGAUCAGGAAACUGAGGAUGGAGUGAAAGGACAUCAAUUUGAUACUAUAUAUAUGAUUGGUGAUAAUCCUGCUGUUGAUAUUAAUGGUGCCAGUAAGGCUGGACAUCCCUGGUUUUCUAUCCUUACAAGGACAGGGGUUUUCCGGGGAAAAGAUAACCAUGCAAAACAUCCAGCAGACCUGGUAGUUGAUACCGUUGAGGAGGCAAUAGAUUAUAUUCUUAAGAAGGAGCUCUCGUCACACUAUUCAUAUUAGUCUCAUUGUUCCAAUGUUGAACCCAAGCUGAAUAUUAUCCAGUUGCUGAAUUUGAUAACAGAAAAAGCAAAGAAAACUCUUCCGGGUAGAUAUUGUGAUUACUUCAUUUUCAUGAUUAUUGUUUGGAUAGAGGGGAUUGGCAUUCUUCUCGUACCAUCAGAAAACUGUAAUUAUUUCAUUUUCAUUAUUAUUAUUUUAAAAAAGGGAACGAGUGUUCCAGACUGGCUGCUA